AUGUCAACCAACGAUCAGCUCAAGCAGGCCAUAGUGGACAGCGUCGAGCAUGGCGCUUAUCCCGAGCCUGAUGUCUCGUCAGCCGAAUUACCGUCCACCUUACUUCCCUCCCUCCUAGCCGAUCUACAGAAAGCCCGCGAUGAGGUCAAGACGGACAUACGUAGUCUGAGUAAGGACAUUGCGCCCGACGUCGACGGAUGGAUUGCCCAAGCCAAGAAGCUUCAAGCCGACAUCGAACGUUCAAAAGCGACCGCAAGAGAUAUUGUCAGUCAAGCCGAAGCUGGAAAGGCCCUCAAAGAGAAGACGCAUGAUGCUGGAAACAAGGUCCGCUUGCUGGAGAAGGAGGUCGCCUUUAAUGAAUCCCUGGCUACAACGCUCGAUCUGAUCAGGUCGUCCUGUCGCAUACUCGAUUCAGCAGACCAGGCCUACAACGCCAACGACCUGCGUGCUGCUCUGGACAGCAUCAAGCAGUGCGACAGAUCAAUGCUCUCGCUUUCUGCUGCCCAAGACACAAGGGCUGUUGGCCUCCUGCAGACCCGUAGUUCGAGGUUCAAGGCUACACUUCUGGACAAGACAACCGCUCUGGCACAAUCUCUCAUACAGUGCGACAUCGAUGCUCGCUCCGUGGCGAUAGAACACAACGUCAAGGAUAUGUCCGACGUCGACUUGGAACUGGUCGUGGAGAUACUCACAUACCUUGGAGGCUUGGACGUCUACAUCAGACGCCUGAAGCGCGACAUUGAAUUCUCCUUGAUCGAUCCGCGCCUCUCUACCAAGCCCGGCCAGUACACCAUUUAUCAAGUCGAGGACCGCAUUAUACGGGCUUCAAAAACAGCCUCAAAUCCAGACACGAUUGCGACACUGGACGAUAUCUGGUCCGCUCUCGACUUCCUCUCGACACGUCUACCAAAAUCUGUCUGCGAGCCGCUCUCGCAAAAGCUGCUUCCGUCUUUGUUCGAAACUCUCACGUACACCUGGCUCGAUCAGACCGUUCCUGUCCAAAUUGACCAGAUGCCAGUCUUCCAGCAUAUUCUUGACCGUGUAUCAAAGCUCGCCGAACAGAUCGACGCCCUUGAUUGGGCAAGUACCGCUCUUCUGAAGGACUGGGUCCAAGGCGCACCAAGGACGUGGCUUUCCAAACGAAGAGAGACAGCCCUUGGUGCUGCAAGAAGUCUGCUGUUCUCUGGACUGAGAGACAGGAAGACCGUCGAGAGAGUCGAGACACAAACCGUAUCAAAAGGAGAUGCCAUCAUGGGUGGAAACGAUGUUGACGAUGCAGAUGACGCAUGGGCCGCUGACUGGGAGGAAGACACAUCAGAGCCGAAAGCUGUCUCUACAGAACAGCCAGCAACCACGACUAAUGACGACGAUGACGACGAUGCCAGUGCAUGGGACAUGGAUGAUAACGAUACAAAUGGUGCGUCCGGCACAUCUGCGCCCGCAGCAGACGGCGAGGAAGACGAUGCAGCCGAUGCUUGGGGUUGGGGAGACGACGAAACGGCGACUGAGGAAGCACCGAAGCCAGCAUCUCCAAAGAAGACAACCAAAUCACACGGCCCUCCAGCUACCGAACAAUCAACACCGAGCGGCGACAGAGAGCUUACACUCAGAGAGACGUACACUGUAACAGCAGUACCAGACGGUAUUCUCGAAAUUGUCAUGAAGGUCGUAUCCGACGCCGAAACCUUGACGGAUCCUAGUUACUCAGGAUCACCCAUAGGACCAGCGGCCUCUGCGUUGUAUACUCUGCCGACGUUUAUACUUGCCAUCUAUAGGGCUACAGCAUCUACAGCGUAUAGCAAGCUCGACACGGGAAAUAUGCUCAUCUACAACGACGCCUCCCGACUGGCCGAUCAGAUACGCACAUUCGUGGCCAGACAAUCGGAGAAAGAUGGCUCUUCGACGCUACCCAGUCACCUACGACCAUCAUCUCGUCUGAGGCUGGACAAUGACAUCAAAGCUUUGGAGACAUUUGCAAAGAGGGCAUACAGCGCGGAGAUGGAGUCGCAACGUACCAUUAUUCGUGACAUGCUCGAUGGAGCUCAGGGCUUCUCCAACUGCAAUGCCGAGCCGUUCGCGAGUGCAUGCGAUAGUGCGGUAAGCAUUACCGAAGGACGUCUGCGUGACGUGCACAAGCAGUGGGCUCCCAUUUUGUCAAGAUCUGCAUUGUUGCAGUCCUCAGGCUCGCUACUCAGCACCGCAAUUUCGAAAAUGGUUAUGGAGAUUGAAGAAAUCCAAGACAUUGGCGAAGAAGAAUCAGUAAAGCUCCGCAAGCUUUGCGACAAGAUUUCAGAAGUCAAGGAUUUGUUCAUGCAAGAGCAUCCAGAAGGUGGAGAGGCAAGCGAUAUGACGGGUAUAUACUGCCCCAACUGGUUCAAGUUCCAGUAUUUGGGUGAGUUGUUGGAAAGUUCGCUGGCCGACAUCAAGUAUCUAUGGACAGAAGGCGAGCUUCGACUAGAGUUUGAUGCAGAUGAGGUGACGGAUCUGAUUGAAGCGCUGUUCUCGGAUAGUGAUUACAGACGCAAGGCAAUUGCAGAUAUCAGAAGGAGCUAG